UUGUUCUUAGUUUUGAUAAUCCUUUCAAAAUGGUUGAACAUGACCAAAAGAACAAAGCCCCUCAAGAGCAGCAGCUUGGUGAAUCAGCAACACCAACCCUUUCUAUUUUGGAGAUCCUUUCAAAAUGGGUGAUAGAAAAAGACAAAGUCCCUCAAGAGACACCAACCAUUUCUAUUUUGGAAAUAGUUUCAAAAUCGCCGAAGAUGACAGAAAACACCAAAGCUCCUCAAGAGGAGAAGUUUGGUAAAUCAGCAUCACCAACCAUUCUUAGAAUAUUUAAUUGGGAUUCAGUUCAACCAAUUAGACCUAAAGAACUGAAGGUAGCACCUUCAUUGGUGGGUUUGACAGUCGAAGAAGCAACGAAGAAGAUAAAGGAAGAAAUGGGUGAGGAAGUUAAGAUUGAGGUCAUUCCACCAGGCUAUUCUUGUACCCAAGAACUUCCAUUAUCGUUUGAUCGUGUUAAGUUAGUGGUCGACUCUUCCGGCAAAGUCCUCGUUACGCCGGUUCUUUCCUAAUUAUAAUAUCAUCUUUCCAACUUCAAUAAUAAUUAAUACUUCCUCUUCUUCAUGUAUCAUGUUUUCGAUGAUAAAUCUGUCUUGCAAAUAUUUUUGGAUUCUGAGGUGCUUAUUAAUCAU